CGCCCCUUGGGCGACAGGGCCGGCGCCAACCCGACCCACUGCGCAGGCGCGGGAAAGUUGAACUUCUAAAAGUUUACGCAAGUCCACUGAAGGAGGAGGGGGAGGUGGCUCCCGGCACCAGGCCGGCUGCGCGGCGAGCUAGCGCGGAACGAGGGGAAGGUUUGCCAUGAAGCCUGCUGGGAUUCGUAGUUCCCGAUUCUCUAAAGGCUUGAGAAGCUUGGUAUCUGCCUUCAGAACCCAGAAGUCGGAGCCCCAAGUUCUCGUCUCUCUCAGACUGAAGAAUCCAGAUUCCCCAUCCCCCUUCUCCGAAAACUCAAGAGUCCAGCUCCCAGUCCCUUCCUCCCUUAGACCCACGAAUCCGGGUCCCCAGCCUCUUCCUCUCCAAGCAUCAAGGAGUCUUCCUCCUCAUCCCUUUUCUCUCUCCGAGGACUCAAGAAUCUGGGUCCCCAGGCCCUAACUCCCCUAAAGGACUUAGAAAUUCGGACUCUCGGCCCCUUCCUCCCUUGGGGACUCACGAGUCCUGAUCCUCUCCUUAUUCAGGGAUUAGGCGUUUGGGCCCCAAUCCUCCAAUGCAGUGCAACCCUGGAGUCCAUCCCCCAGCUCCCUCUUUCACAGGUGCCCCCAUGGCAGGCUCGGAAGAGCUGGGGCUCCGGGAGGACACGCUGAGAGUCCUAGCGGCCUUCUUUAGGCGAGGUGAGGCCGCCGGGUCCCCCAUUCCAACCCCACCCAGGAGUCCUGCCCAGGAGGAGCCAACAGAUUUCCUGAGCCGUCUUCGAAGAUGUCUUCCCUGCCCCCUGGGGCGAGGAGCAGUUCCCCCUGAGUCCCCUCGGCCUUGCUCCCUGCCCCUCCGCCCAUGCUAUGUUUCAGAACCUGGCCCAGCUACUCCGGAUUUCUAUGCUCUGGUGGCCCAGCGGCUAGAACAGCUGGUCCAAGAGCAACUGAGAUCCCCACCUAGCCCAGAGUUACAGGGUCCCCCACCCACAGAGAAGGAAGCCCUGCUGCGGAAGCUGGUGGCCCUGCUGGAGGAAGAGGCAGACGUCAUCAACCAGAAGCUGGCCUUGGACCCCGCCCUGCGCGGAAAGCUGGCCCGCCUCUCCGCGGGCUCCUUCGCCCGCCUAGUGGAGCUAUUCUCCUGCCGGGAGAGCAGCCCUCUGCCCGGUCGCGCACGCCCCUCCUUGCCCUGCCCUGGGCCCCCUCCGCCUUCCCCGGAGCCCCUGGCCCGCCUGGCCCUGGCCAUGGAGCUGAGCCGCCGCGUGGCCGGGCUGGGGGGCACCCUGGCCGGACUCAGCGUGGAGCACGUGCACAGCUUCGCGCCCUGGAUCCAGGCCCACGGGGGCUGGGAGGGCAUCCUGGCCAUUUCACCUGUGGACUUGAACUUACCCCUGGACUGAGAUCUUCCUCAGAAGCUGCUACCAGAUUAGACCUCAUGUCUCUAUGCUCUUCCUGUGCUUUGCCAAACCUUCCUGUUCCACUCAGGGUUGUGGGGUGGGUUGCCCUGCCUGUUUCUGCCAAAAAGAAAUUGUUUUAAAUUUUUUCACAUUAAAGACUUUUUCAAGUA